AAACAAUCUGUUCUAACCUAACUUUUUCGCUGUAAAUACUUCAAACUUCGAAAAACUUUUCACCGUUUUGUUUGUUAACUCUCUAGGUGGAAAUGUCGAGCUUUCUCUAUUCGGACAAAUUUUCUCGCUCUUGUGAAAUUUUUCCAAUGGUAAAUCGUGGCGCAUCAUCACUGCCUUUCAACUGUGAAAACCAAAUAGAAUUUUAUCACUGCAGUGGUUGUAAUUUUCGCACAGAUCUGACCAUGAUUCUGAGAAAACACGUCGAAAAGUAUCAUUUGAGUGAGAGGAAUAGUGACUACAAUAUUCAAAGCUACGUUUGUAAAAAUUGUAAUUUUGAAACCCAUUUUCCAAUGAAGUGGCUUCAGCAUGCUUUAAUGUGUCAAGACAGGGCACAAUUGUCUGUGAAAAUGGUCAAACAAAACAUUGUUGCCAAGUGUGCGGAAAACGACGAAAUAUAUCAAUAUCUCUGUGAAAAAUGCUCCUUCAAAACCAAAAGAAAAAAAUAUUUAAAAAGACACACCUACGCCAUGCACACAGACGAAAAAGAUAUAAAGUGGCACCAAUGUGAAAGCUGUUCCUAUAGAACUAAAUUUAAACACUCUUUGAAGUCCCACAUAGAGACGAUUCAUAUCGACAAAAAUGACAUAAAGUGGCACAAAUGUAGCCACUGCUCUUAUAAAGCCAAAAACUCGAUCCAUUUAAGAAAACACACCUAUUACAAACACUCAGACGAUAAAAUCAGGUGGUAUCAAUGUGAAAAGUGCCCACACAAAACCAAAUAUAAAUCAGCGAUGAAAGUCCACAUGAGGAAUAAACACGACGAAAUCAAACGACUUAAGUGCGAAAAAUGCUCACGAACUGCCAAAAAUAAGGAGAGCUUGAGGAAACACAUGCUCAUGUUUCAUGUGAAUGUUAAGUGGCACGAGUGUGAGCAGUGCACGUUCAAGUCGAGAUAUUCGCAGCAGUUGAAAGAACAUCUGCGGAUCAACCAUCCGGCCAGUGAGAGCGAGGUUAAGUGGCACCAAUGUGACAAGUGCCCGUUCAAAACUAUCAAAAAGAAUUCUUUCAAGACGCAUUUAAGGAGAAAUCACUUCGGUGGCGGUGUUAAAAAGAUCAGUAUUAUUGUUUCUACUUGAGUGUAGGGUUGCUGGUGGUUUAAAAAGUGAACACAAUACGAAAAAUUCGAUUUUAAUUUUAUAAUUUUCAGUGCCAUAGGGAUAUUAAAACAUGCUAAAAUUCAA